AUGAUAAAACAGAGAACGGGAAGUUGUAUAUCUGAAUUAGCUUUGUCCGAUGCACGAUCAUACCUCACAAAAUCGCGCUCAUCCUUCUAUCACGCGGGUACUUCUGUUGAUUGUUUCGUUUUAUGCGCUACAAGGAACCAUUUUAGACUCGGAAAAAGUGUUCUAUCAAUAACACAGAAUGCACUAAGGUUCGGCAAAUAUGCCGGAUGGACAAAUAUGACGGAAAACCAGUGGCAACAGUUUUGCUUCCGUAGAAGGGAGGAUGGAAUUAGCGAAUGGAUACGAAAUGGUGAGACUGUUUGGAAAAGGAAAUGGGACAUACCACCGGUCAACGGAAGUUUGAGGAUUUUGUUAGGAUCCUCAGAAUCAUUUCACGGAGAGAUGAGUAUGGUUCAGCUGUACAGUACAGCUCUACGGAGCAAACAGAUAAGUGAUUCUAUUCACUACUGUAAGCAACGGCUGCAGUCUGUCGUAACAAAUAGUGAAGCUCCUCUUAUUGAUUGGAAUCAGUUCACAGGUGUUAAGAGUGGAAACCGUAAUUUUCCGGGGAUUUGUACGCUUUCCGAGUGUUUGCUAAACCCACAUCACUGCAGUUCAGCUAUGGAUAAAAUGCCACCCAAGGUAAUUAACUGUCCAGCAAAUAUCAUUACAACUUCUGAGAAUAGACUAAAGAUCGUGGAUUGGUCCCCAUCGAAAUCAAAUGAAAUCUUUGCCGAUAACGGUAUCGUUCAUAUAUCAUCAAAUUACAAUAGUGGUGAUGUUUUUACCUGGGGUAAAUAUCACAUCGUGUACAUUGCGGAAGAUCAAACUGGAAAUAUCGAAACUUGUCAAUUCGAUCUUGUCAUAGCAACAAUGAACUGCUCUAAUCCUGAAAAGACCGAUGGCAUUAAUUUUACGGUUCAAAAUAUCCAUUCGGAGACCGUUCGAAAAGUGGCAUUUGUUGAGUGUGAAGCGAAUUAUAUGCCUAUUCAUCCAGUUACUGACUUCUACUUGUGUGAUCUGAUGAUCUUGAAUUCUGGAUUUACGGAUUCUUUCGUUAGGAAAAAACUAGAAGCUUCAUAG